CCUUCCCUGAGUUUUGUUUUGAUUCCCUACACUUUUGUUCAAUUAUGAUUUCCAGGCCUUUUAUGUUCUCUUUAGAGAUGACCAUGUGAUGAAGCUUCCUUACUUCAUUAUAAUAGCUGGAGUGGCAUGUCUCCUCUUCGCUGUUGCUAUACCUCAUUUAUCAGCACUUAGGAUCUGGCUUGGGGUUUCAGCUUUUCUUAGUUUGGUCUACCUUCUUGCCACGUUUGUCCUGUCUAUCAAAGAUGGUGUAAAUGCUCCUCCUAGAGACUAUAACAUCCCGGGAACAACAAUAGGCAAAAUAUUUACAACUAUUGGUGCAGCUGGCAACGUAGUGUUUGCUUUUAAUUCAGGAAUGAUUCCAGAGAUACAAGCUACUGUUAAAGAACCUGCGGUGAGGAACAUGAUGAAAGCACUUUACUUUCAGUUCACAGUAGGAGUGAUGCCAAUGCUUGCUGUUACAUUCGUGGGGUAUUGGGCUUAUGGCUCCAGCUCAUCGGCCUAUUUGCUCAAUAACGUCCAUGGCCCAGUUUGGUUAAAGGCAUUUGCUAACAUAUGUGCUUUCUUGCAAGCUAUCAUCUCUUUGCAUGGCCUGUUUGUAAAGAGUUAUUGAGUUGAAAUGACUCAAUUUGCUAAAGGAAAUGUGUGCUGAUAUCCAUUUUAACAAAAUAAGCAAGUCAAAGACUACUGAGGAUACCAAACGAAUCACAAUGGCAUCUGAAUCUGCUGUAAUAGAAAGUAGUGUUGCAAUGAUUACUACUUGGGCUGGAAGAAAAAAUGUCACUUUUAUCCUUAUUCUUAGAUACUUCUUAUGCUAUUAAUAUUUGCUUUAUUUUCUUUUUCGGGAAGUAUUUUAUUAUUUGUUCCACUUCUCUAAUGUGCCAAGUUUUAUUGUACUAAACAAGUACACUCUUACCUUUUUAUCUUCUCUUUCAUAAUUUUUCUAUUAAUUAUACCUUUUCAUCUUGUCUCCCCUACUAUCCACAACUGUACAAUGUAAACGGUGGAGGAGUAUGAUUUACUUUAUUUAUUGGGAAAACUGUCAAAUAAGUCUUCUUACUAUAUCGAAAAUGUCAAUUCAGUCCUCGUACUAUCAAGACACUCCAUCAAACCCUUAACCUUUAAAAAAACUUCCAAUCUGACUUUUAGCCGUUACUGACGUGGCCAAUUCUGGGUGUUUAUUUAUCUUUUUCUUGAAAUAUUUCAUGACAUAUCAUCAAUUCUGUGUGUUUAUUUUUCUUUUUUUUUGAAAUAUUUCAUGACAUGUCAUCAAUACCACGAAGAACCAAAAAGUGAAAUCAAAUAUGGGCACAACAAUUCUUCUCCUGUGUUAAAAAACUCCGCCGCUUCUGAUUUCUCCAAUCCUCUUCACUCAAUUUUUUUCACCAUGUUUUCACGUUAGUACUGCUUCUAGGAGAAGAGCUCAAAUCUAAAAGCAACCCACCCCUCUUCUCCAGAUUAUUUGUAAAUUUCGUACAAAUAAUACAUCUUUUCAUUCCCACUCUUUUUCUUCCAUCUAUCCUUUGGGGAACACCAAAAGCAACCAUUUGUCACUGGCGAUAGCGAGACUCCUCUGAAGAAACAUGGUUAAAACCAUCAGAAAACGAUUCCGGCCCGGAUUCAAUAUCUGGAUGUCGUGCGUCCUAAUUUUACCCACCUCGUGAUAGAUGGAGGAUUCAAGUGCGGUCUAUGAGGGAUCUGGAUGUCGUGCGUCCUAAUUUUACCCACCUCAUGAUAGAUGGAGGAUUCAAGUGCGGUCUAUGAGGGCUGAUGGAUUUUAUGUUCUUCAAAAGCGACAAAAUUGGAGAAGCAUAUUGCUGCAUUUGGUGGAGUUUCAGCAUCUCUGGAUGAUUGUUAGCAGUUGGUGGAGUCUGAGCUUUAGAGAGACAGAGAGACGGGAGAGAUGAUGGGAGAUCGGAAGGUGAGAUGUUUAAGACGUGGGUUGCUGAUAUGUCUAAAACAAGAAAAAACAAAGUCACGUGGACAGCCAUGUCAGCGAGUACCGCGACUAAUCAGUAGUUGAUUGGCUAAAAAGCUGGACCGGAUGUUUUUUAAUAGUUAGAGGGUUUGAUUGAGUAUUUUGAUAGUACGAGAACUGAAUUGACGUUUUCACCAUACUAGAAGGGCUUAUCAUACAAUUUUCCCCUAUAUAUAGAUAUCCUAAUUUGUUUUUGCAUUAUCAAGUCCAUUCGACCAAUUCAACAGAAACUUUACUCUGCACUAGAUAAUAGAAAUAAAUCAUGCCUUUAUUUUGGGUUGAAAUGAUUCGAAUGAAGAAAAAUGAUACUUUUACCCUUAUUUUCUUUUAGGCUUUCAAAAAUAUAAUAAAUUUAAAAUAAAUGAUUUUUUAUACGAACUGGUUCAUUAAGCCAAUUGGAUCACAAUUUCAGACACUUCAGCCAUAUUUUGCCAACAGGAUCUCACACAUGUUACAUUGUUACCUCAUCACUCCUUUACAUGCAUCCACUAUAGAUAUUUGCGAGCCCGACAUACGAAUAUUUGGACACAAAAUAUGGGAUAAAAGGAAGCACGCUCAUCCCGCGCAACCUGAGAUUCAGAACUUUGGUCAGGGGUGGCUAUUUAGUCCUCACCACAUGCCUAGCAUCUCUACUGCCUUUCAUCGGGGACUUCAUUAGCCUUAACGGGGCCACCAGUGUGUUUCCUCUCACAUUCAUUCUCACAAACCACAUGUACAUGGUUGCUAAAAGAAGCCGGCUGUCUUCCUUGGAGAAGAGCUGGCAUUGGUUGAAUGUUGUCUUCUUUGGUUGCUUAUCUUUUGCUGCUUUUGUUGCUGCCCUAAGAUUGAUUAUAGUCGACUCUAAUACGUACCAUGUUUUUGCUGAUUUAAUGGUUUAUUUCUUUUAACAUUUUCUUUUGGG